UCUCUCCUUAAACACAAGUCGGCAGAGCAGCCAGUAACAGCUUUGUUAUUUUCCAUUUUUGGUUCUUUCUGCGUUUUCCUCAUCCCCAUUCAUUUUUCCUCUUCUAGGAACCACCUCGCGUACACAUGCAAUGCGUGAAGGUUUGAACAAGGCUGUUGUACACGUUUUGGAGCCCAAAAUUCGAUCUCACCCACUUUGGUUCGUCUCCUUUUCCUUUCAAUUCUUGUAUUAGUUGAACCAACUUGGAUUAGAGAAGCGUUGUUUUUUAAUUUGCCGAAAAUCCCAGAAACAAGAUCAAAGCUUUUUUGAUUUCUGAGUUGAGAUGGGGCAGUUGAUGUGUGUCUAAAUGUUAAAAGUUACUUGGGUUUGGAGCUGAGUUUGUUUGUAACUGUAAGAAGGAAAAAGAAGAAGGAUGAGUGCUACCGCGGAUGGAGUGAAGUACUCACCCGAGUGGUUGGUUAAGCACUCGAAUGUUUCUGUUGAGGAGAAGCUUGACGAGCUUCGGCGUUUGAUGGGCAAAGCCGAAGGUGAUCCGUUAAGGAUAGUUGGUGUAGGGGCAGGUGCUUGGGGAAGUGUUUUUGUUGCUAUGUUGCAAGACACUUAUGGACACUUGAGAGAGAAGGCGGUGGUGAGAAUAUGGAGAAGAUCUGGAAGGUCUGUGGAUAGAGCCACAGCUGAACAUUUGUUUGAAGUGAUCAAUGCAAGGGAAGAUGUGUUGAGGAGGCUGAUUAGGCGGUGCGCUUACUUGAAGUAUGUCGAGGGGAGAUUAGGUGACCGGAUACUUUUUGCGGAUGAGAUAUUGAGAGACGGGUUCUGUCUGAAUAUGAUUGAUACUCCUCUUUGCCCUUUGAAGGUUGUCACCAAUUUGCAGGAGGCUGUGUGGGAUGCUGAUAUUGUGGUGAAUGGGCUGCCGUCUACUGAAACUCGUGUCGUGUUUGAAGAAAUUAGUAGGUAUUGGAGGGAUAGGAAAACAAUGCCAAUUAUAGUUUCUCUUUCAAAAGGUGUUGAAGCUGAAUUGGCGCCCGAACCGCGCAUAGUUACUCCCACUCAGAUGAUCCAGCGAGCAACUGGUGCUCCUCUUGAAAACAUUCUCUACCUUGGAGGACCCAACAUUGCCUCAGAGAUAUACAACAAUGAAUAUGCUAAUGCUCGGUUAUGUGGAGCGGAAAAGUGGAGAAAGCCAAUGGCUAAGUUUUUAAGGCAGCCACACUUCAUUGUGUGGGACAAUGGUGACCUUGUUACUCAUGAAGUUAUGGGUGGCUUAAAGAAUGUCUAUGCCAUUGGAGCUGGAAUGGUAGCUGGGUUAACCAAUGAGAGCGCCACCAGCAAAUCUGUAUACUUUGCACAUUGUACAUCAGAGAUGAUAUUUAUCACUCAUUUGUUGGCAAAAGAACCAGAGAAGCUAGCAGGACCUUUAUUGGCUGACACGUAUGUAACCCUGUUGAAAGGUCGUAAUGCAUGGUAUGGACAAAAGCUGGCCAACGGGGAGUUAAGCCUUGAAAUGGGUGAUAGCAUCAAGGGGAAGGGUAUGAUUCAGGGAGUCUCUGCUGUGAAAGCAUUUUAUGAGCUGCUUAGUGAGCCCUCUCUAAGUGUCAAACAUCCUGAAGAAGAUAGGCUCAUUGCUCCUGUUCAGCUUUGUCCUAUCUUGAGGAUUCUAUAUAGUAUACUUAUAAAAAGGGAGUUCCCACCUCAGGCUAUUCUUGAAGCUUUAAGGGAUGAGACCAUGCACGACCCUCGGGAGCGUAUUGAGAUUGCUCAAACCCAUGCUUUUUACAAGCCAUUUCUUCUUGGUCAGCAGCAGCUCUGAUAAUGGAAGUUUCCUCUAGCAUGUAAGUGGCAAGAAGUGUUGGCAUAAAAUUCAAAAUAGCAAUUCCUGUCUGGUGGUGAUUUUAUCUGGAGAAUGCCUUGGUACAGAUGGUUUGUUCUGUUGUGUAUUGUUUAAAGUUGGUGUAGAUUUUUACUUGCGUUGGAAAUCGUCACUUUCUACUCAGAUUUGUCAUUACAUAUUUCUCCUGAGAUGAAUGACAAAUAAGUUCCCACAGCAACCAGAUUGGUGAAAGGAUUACUUAAGGUCAGUCAAGAAGGAAGUGGAGAGGCCGGAGGAUCUGGCGGUGGGGGUUCUCGAUGGCAGAAGGGCUUCUUCGGUCUGCAGCAGACUAUCCGGUUGGUGGUGUUGUUGAUCGGUGACUGGCGGUUGGGGACGACUUGUUUUGGGCCUGGGAUUAGGAUUGGGCCUGGUUAUAAAAUUGGGCUUGAAUUUGGGCCAAACAUUGGCCUGAAAAUUAGCCGCAGAAUAGUCUUUUUGAUUUUGUGUUAUGUUUUCUAUGUUUUGUUGUUGUUUUGACGUUUUAAUACAAAAGAAUGCUAAUUAAGCUACGACAUAUAUCAUCCAGAUUUACCCAAGUAAUUUCUUCACGGGUUCAGACUUCAGAAUCA